GCACUCUCUGUCACUCUGUGGCUUCUGACCAGGAACCAUCUGAUGUCCAUGAACUCUACACAUGUCCACCUUUGCUGCAAUUAUCCAUGGGCGUGUAUGUGCACACCAUCGCCACAGCCCAACGAUCAACGGUGCGUCGUACCCGCCGUAGAACAGACUUUCGCAGUACACGGAGGUUCGUAAAUCCGAGCUUCGAUGUAUAUUCUGCUAGCUGCGAUCGCGCUCAAGUCCUUAUACCGGUCUUUACCGUGCCUGGAGUCUCUCGACACACUUCCGAGUCCAACAUCUAGCUCAAACCUUUGGCGGUCGUGGAUACCGUAUCACGCCUAGUCAUCAGGAAUCUACACAUGGCUCGACCUAAACGUAAAGAGAGCCUCCACGCGGUCCUCUUCUCUAGCUCAAAGUUUAGGUCGUAACUUCGUCGUACGCGCUCGGUCUUGGCGUACAGUCGAUCCUUCUGUUCUCUGCCGGGGGGUGACGCCGAGAGAGGUCGCUGUCAAACAACACGCUACCCCCUUUUACGUCGAGAUGAGGACACCUCUUUUCCGAGGGCGUGUCCGGUCCACCCAAGCUCGCUGCUCGAGGGAAUAUCGUAGCGGGACUCACACCAUGAUCAGCCGGGUCCACUGGCAGCAGCGCAAUACGACGAAGACCUUCUUUCCCCUUCUGGCCACCCCUGUAUGGCAUUCGGAUGGCUGCGGAUACCAGCGAGGGCAGAGCGUUCAGCCGACGCCUAGCUUACCGUGUCCUCGAAUCCCACUUCCGUUGUUCACCACACCCUUGCCACCCACCGCUUUCCACGUUCAUAUCCGAACCGCCGGAGUUCAGAUCGAGAUAAACGUGCGGCCAGCUGUGGCACAAAGUCGAGUACGUACCAAAACACGAGUGCGCGCCCUGGCCUCUCUAGCUGCGUGCCUUCUGGCCCUUCUUGCGCUUCGUAGGUCGUGUGGCCUCCCCAAGUCAGCAUUCACGC